AUGUUCCAGUCUAUUCAGCAGGUGUUUGAGCGCAAUGUGGAGCUGUUGGGCAGUCAGAAGUCUACCAAAGAGAAGGCUCGGUCACUGAUCACCAAGAUAGUAAACUCGCUGACUGCAUGCUCUGAAAUUGGUGGACCCAUGGCAGCCAUGUAUCUCCUCAAGUAUCCAGACCACUACAAAAGUCACAAAUUCCGCACCUGCUUCUGGAGUGGAUAUGUGUAUGAGGUGAUGCGUGCAUGGGAGGACUCUGCCAAGAUUGCCGAGGAAGGGACCACCAAAGUCAUGCUCGGACUUUCAGGAACAUCCAAGCGGAUCAUAGCAUUGUCACCUGUGCAGGAUUAUAUAUGGCGACCCACUGAGUACGAGCACAUGUCCCUAUAUGAUUGGGUCAGACUGGCAGACAAGCAGCGGAUCACAUACCGUAAAAAGGGCCCCAAGAAAUCUGAAGAGCAUAUUGAUGAGCAUGCAGAUGGUGCUGGAGCCAAUGAAGAAGAAGAAGAAUCUGAGGAUGAACUUUUGCUGACAAAGACAUCAAACCAGGAGCUUGAAGCUGAUAGUGCACCUAAGCCAAAGAAAUCUAGGUCAAAAUAUAUACAGUUCCAUGAGAAUCAUCCACAGCAUGAGACCCAUCACGUGAAGCUGCUGGAUGAGUCUGAGGCAUAUGUUCCCAACUUUAUUGGUGGUUCACUCCCCAGAAGAGAUGCAGGCAACCGUGAACAAUAUUGCAUGACCAUGCUCACACUCUUCAAGCCUUGGCGCACUGGACAGGAUCUGAGACCAAGCCAGGAUGUGCUCUGGGAUGAUGUGUUCAAUGGCUGUUCAUUCACAGAGCGGCAGCUGGAGGUCAUGAAAUUCUUCCAUAUCAAAUAUGAGUGCAAUGAUGCCAGGGACGACUUUUCUGCAGCUCGCAAAAAGGGAGGAAAGACUGGUCCUUCACCAUUCAACAUGGAUAAUGCCACCCUGGAUGACCUGGACACCCAGUAUUAUAAUGAUGAUGGGGAACUCAACAUCAGUGAGAUUGAGGAGAUGGUGCUGUGGACCAAUGACUGGACAGAGCUGAGCAAUGCAGAAAUAAGCAGAUGCACACAGAUGCUGCAGGCCGAACAAAUCAUCCAGGCUUCAGGCUGGCUAGACCCUAUGAAAGAGAAGAAUACUUCUGAACUGCCAUCAAAGUUCAACAGCAAGGAAGAUAUGAGCUCUGCAGACUGGAAGAAUGUACUCGCUGCCAAGCGCCAAGAGAUACUGGAUGCCAGAGAUGCCCAGGCUGCACUGAAGAAACCUGCCAAUGCAAGUACUCUCCCAGUCAAUGAUGAAGUCAAUGAGGUCAAGGUCAUUGACAGGUCAUACUACAUGAGCAAAGCAUUCAAGGCACAGGACCAGGAGGCUCAGGCACUCAUUGACACCACUGCCAAGGAAUUCAGUCUGAAUGAAGCACAGGAGAGAGCCUUCCGCGUCGUUGCAAACCAUGCUGUAGAGUCCAAUGGCGAGCAUCUCAAAAUGUACCUCGGGGGCAUGGCAGGCACAGGAAAGUCACAGGUCAUCAAAGCUUUGACACACUUCUUUGCUGCUCGCCAGGAAAGCUACCGGUUUAUGUGCAUGGCCCCCACUGGAUCUGCUGCAGCGCUUAUUGGAGGAUCUACA